GAAUAAAAACUAUUUGCACACAAUUUAAAGCAGCAUUGUCAACCAGAAGAACUGUACAUACAGAAGAAGACAAACAACUCUACCGAAAUAUAAUAGAAAACAGCAUUAGAACUCUAGCAACAAGAGUACAAGAAGAAGAUAUACCAUCAGAAAUAUCAACCCGAAUACAAAACAUAUUUAAUAGAUUACCACCUGCAAACGAUCAAUUACCAGACUUACAAUGA